AUGUCUCAGGCAGACAGCAGAGUGCAUGAUGUGCUCAUGAAGCCGGAACCGAUUGAAUGGGAGCCAUCACGCACCGCUCCUCUCGACUACCCGACGCCUUCGGUCAGGCGAGGGGUUACACGAUUUCAUGAACAGAUACAAAGGACUCGGUUGAUGGAAGGGAAAGAACCGCUGGACGGCCUGCCCGAUGUCCGAGAGCCCGAGACCGGGGUUCGGCCAGUUACCGUGGUCCAACGCCGAUGUAUCCAAGGGAUGCCGCCGCCCCUUCGUUGGUCCGAAGAGAAGCACAUGGUCGCUGGAGAUGUCUUGGUCACCGUAGAGCACUGUGCGGCAUGCUCACGGCACCGCAUGUCUCUUCAUCACAACGCCGACGCCUACAUCCGACGGGCCGCAGCCAUGAAGACCUCCGCGGAGCAGGCCCUGAUUGGCGCUGGCCGACACCCAACCGCGGGGGGACAAGGUCGUGGUCCGGGUGCAGGGGCGCAAUCCAUGCGAUUAUCACAAACGACGUCCGUGGUUACUAAGCCUACGACGGAGGCGUCCGCGAGCGGUGGGGUUGGGCGAGUCGGAGCUUUCGAGGUUCAGGUUACGGCAUGUCUGCUCUCGAGACAAGCACCGCACGCUGUGUCAGCGGUACCUCGGAGCGGCCAAGUCCGCCAGACAUCCCCGGACGUGAUCGCCGGUGCGGGUCACAUCCGAUCGGCGACAGUUUCGUCGAAGCUGGCUUCGGGGAAGUGGCCGCACCCCGAACGCGUUGCUAGAAAAAUCGUCCAAACCCUUCAACAAUGGGGUGCACUAGUACCACAACAGCAAGAACAACAACGAGCGCCCGUACCACGCUGCUCAAGCAUGAGCGGGACUGACCACCCGAGCAACGCAAGCGGUGGCAACAACCGCUUAGGUAACGGGGAGAGUCAUGCAUCGGCGACUGGGCACGUGGCACAGGAGCCGGACACCCAGGAGCCUAACGAAGGCGAAGAGACCCGUGCUUCCUCGGGUGAAAAUGGAGCGUUAACAAGAGUCGUCGCCUCGACAGAAAGGGUACAAGACAAGCGACAUGGCAAUGGAGCCGAGCUUUCAUCAUCGGACGGGGGAGAAAUGAAAGGAGGAGCCGGAGAGCUUGGUGCCAGCGAUGGUUGGUCUGAGGGCGGUAUCGCUGGAGCCGGCCGCCGGAUGCUAGAGAACCCUGACGCGACGACUAAUAGGGUUUUGUCGCAGGCACAAGGUGUUAGGAACAGCACGAGUGAGGGUUCGGCGAGCGGAAUAGGAAGUACUGCAAGGCCCCAUGGUGGUGAUACUGCGACCUCGACAGUUGCACCAACGCUGGAGGCGUUCGACUUGAUUGUAGAGGACGCUUGCGCUGAGGGAGUGGAGUUUGCAGCAGAGGGUAACACCGCCGACCCGUGCUUGCUCCUGCGGGUGGGCAAGCGGAAGGGCAGGAAGAGCAAGCCCGUUGCCGAUGUUCCCGGAGGGCCGGGGGGGCAGUGCCGCUGGCCGUCGCAAACAUGCCUUGUAACAAGUCUCAGGGAGGAGAAUAUUCGUUCUUCGGGCUUGGAGGUUGAAAUAUGGGACGACCUUGGGUGGGUCAUCGCCAAGGGUAACGUAACCCCCGAGGAGAUAGGCGAUGCUCUUGGCGUGGCGCUAGCGGCCGCUCGAGCUGCGCCUGCGACUGCUGUUUCAGGCACGGAAGGGUCUGUACCUCCGCCGCCGCCGCUGCCGACUGUCACAUGCGAUCUCAAGAGCGAUCGCGGCCCCGUGAACACCAGCAACGGCCGUGUGACGUUCGGGAUACGGCUUCUCAGACCCGAGACCGCCUCUUUUGCCAGCAGGUAUGGCGAACGCGCAACCGAUGGUGCCGCUAGCUACAACGCAGAGGCGGGUGAUGACACAAAAGAGCGAUUGUCACAAACGGUACAGAACAUGAAGAACGGCGAAGUGUUACGUCGUGUUGAUACAACGACCCCUGUGCAGGGAGACACGGCUGAGGCGCAGCACGCUUCAAACGCCACGAACUCUUCUGGAACGAAAGCCGUUCGCGGCGACGCAGGAAGGGUUUUCGACGAGAUCAACGACCUCUUGGGGCUCACGUCGAACGGCAGCGCCAGUGGGAGCGGGAUAUCUACGUCGUGCUCUGCCGCGUCACCCACGGGCGGCGGUACCGGUAGCUCCGGUGACUUCUCUUUCGUGCUCGGUGGUGGCUUACUUGGCAGUGAACACCACACUAGUGUAGACGAUCUAGUGGGCGAAUCCUGGAGCUCAGUAGAGGAAGGGCCCCUUGCCACUUCAGCCCAAAGCAGACGGGAGAGCGGCGGGGGCUUGGUCGGACGUGCACGGAAGCUAACCCCCUCGCCUGCAAUCUCGAUAUCUGAUAACGGAGGGGCACCCGUGGACAGGAACGGGGUCGGUGGGGGGGUCAACCGGCCCGUCCCUCCGUUGACCCUAGCCGCAAAUGAAGGCGGUACCGCAGACUCCUCCAACCCUUCCGAUGGUGUCGACGCGGACGAUUACAGCGACGACGACUUCGACUGCGAUGGCGCCAGCGGAGGCACGGAGGGACCGCUCGACGUCCGGAGCCUUUUCAGCUGCAGCAGCGCGUCUUCUUCUGCCUCGCUAUCUCUGGAGAAAGAAGAACAUGGUUUGACUUCCGCUGAGGCGAGGGGGGCUCCGCAGCAUGAGCGAGAGGAGAUAGCCGUCCGCGCCGCCGCGCGGAUACUACGGCGACGCCUUCGACGAGCCGCAGAAAGAUGCGGCGGCGGCAAUCUUUGUGCAAAGGCAGCGCUGUUGUUCAACAGACUAGAUGAGGAUCAAAACGGGCAACUUGCGGUGGAAGAACUAGAGAAAGCUCUCGCGCCCACGACGGGAAAACGCGCUGAACGAACGGAAAGCCCUGUGUUGCCGCCAUCGCGGGUGAUGGCUGCGCUCGUCGCUGGCAUGGACCGGGUCGGGAAGCAGUCGGCGAACCUUAAAGAGUUUCAGGCGUAUGUCCUAGACCUACCCGGUAGCGGCGAGAACACGGCAACGGACGCGCCCACCAGCCCCGAACUGUCCAGAGGCAACGUCGACAUGGCUGCUCUGUGGCUUCGACUGAGGCGUGCCGCAAUCGAGUCCAGCAGUCGGCAUGAUUGCAACGAAGAUAGAGUCCAGAGGCCGAUCCCGGAGUCAGCCGCGGGUACGAACGGUUGCGGCGGUGAGGGUGGAGCGGAAGAUCAGGAAGUGAUGCCGGGGGAGCGGGAAUCGUGGAGCGCUUUGACGUGGGAGGGGCCUGUUGACGUGUCGAGCUUAGGAAGGGAGCGUUUCGAAGAGUGUGAUACGGAGGGUUCCGGCAGCGUACGUUGUCACACAUUCCGUGAGGUUCUUAGCGGUCCUGGGGUGCAAAUAGAGCCGCCAUUGAGCGAAGCCGAAAUGGAAUCUCUCUGCAGGCACUUCGAUUCCAACUUCAAAUCCAACAGGUUGCCGGUGGGGAGAGAUUGGUGCGGCGAAGCGGCCAGUAACCCCGCGGGCCGCGAGGAGGAGAACGAGGAAACCAGGGCGGCGGGGUGGCCCACCAAUGCCGAUGCCCCGGUCUCGUACCGCGCACUCUUGGCUUGGAUCGAUCCGAUAGACGUCGGUCGUGUCGCCAAAAGAGUAUCGCGUUUUUUGCGGGCGGUGGGUAAUCCAGGCUCGAAGAUUGGUGGUCCUGUAGCGGAGCAGGGCGGUCGAGAUCAAGGCACGAUCGUGCGGGCGCUGGCAGUCACGGGGUCCGAAGUUGGGGGUGCCAAGUCUGGGGGUGCAAGAAACAAAGUGGGUGCAGCCGCAGAUAUGCCAAAGGCAGUAGAGGUGACGGGCGUUGGCCUGGGAGGUGGUACCGGUGCUACUCGUGCUGCUGCUUCCGACGCUCACGGUGGUGGGGACGAUGCAGAUGACGAUGGUGUGGAUGGCGGAGUGGACGUUUCUGGUGGCGGUGGUCACAAUGGCGGUGGGGUGGAAACGGUAGAGAGGAGGGCGAUCGUGAAGCUGUUCCGGGCCGUGGACGUGGACGCCUCCGGUCACAUUUCCCAGGAAGAGCUCCUAAAAGCGGUGAACGGCCUCGGCUUGCCAGUAUCUGUGGCUGAGGCCCGCCUGCUCGUUACUGAGUACGGCGGGGUCGCCGGAGGUGGACGUGCUGAUGGGAGCGGAGGGAAAGGAACCGGCGAGGGGCAGCUGUCGCUCGACGAUUUCGACUGCAUGGUUAGGUGGCAAAGCCGUGCGUACUGA